AUGCACCGCCGCGUACUGGCCAAAACGCUGCGCGAAGCGUCUCCGUUCUUCGUUAUUGCUGGUCCAUGUGUGCUGGAGUCUGAGCAGAUCGUCAUGGAUAUCGCUCAUCGCUUGGCGGCAAUCCAGCAAAGUCUGCACAUUCCUGUCGUCUUCAAAGGGAGUUUUGACAAAGCCAACCGUCAGGACUUGAAGAGUUAUCGAGGACCGGGAUUGCAGCGUGGACUGGAGAUGCUGCAACUCGUUAAGGACUUGACAGGGCUGCCAGUGAUUACGGACGUCCAUGAGACACACCAAGUGGCUACAGUAGCAGAAGUGGCAGAUAUCAUCCAGAUUCCGGCAUUUCUAUGUCGUCAGACGGACCUGUUGGUAUCUGCUGCCAAGUCGGGAAGACUGGUGAACCUGAAGAAAGGACAGAUGCUCUCAGCUGAGACCAUGCUACUAGCUGCUAAGAAAGUGGCUGUCACCCAAGGAGACAACGAUUUUAUUCUGACGGAACGUGGCAGUAUGUUUGGGUAUGGAGACUUGGUAGUAGACGCGAGAAAUCUGCCAAAGCUGCGACGAUCCAAUGGUCUCGUUGUUCAAGAUGUUACGCACAGUGUCCAGCGACCCAGCAGCGCAAGUGCUAACGUCACGACGAGUGGAGGGGACCGUGAGUUCAUCCCGACUGUUGCGAGGCUGGCCGCGGCAGUCGGUGUGGAUGGAUUUUUCUUCGAGACGCAUCUUAACCCGAAGAAGGCGCUGUGUGACGCAGCGACAAUGCUACCAAUUGAUGAGCUCGAACCUCUUCUUGAAGAGCUGAUUGCAAUCUCGAGAGCAUCCAGAGCUUUAUCGUAA